CACACACCAGCAGCUCUUGACACAACUAACCAGCAACUACUAGGCGCACGUCCGGCACAGUCCACUCAGAGAUACGACUCAUGCCGGACCAUCAUCUCAGGUCCACGCUGGAACACCAGCAUCCGACUUAUCUGGACCACGUUUGCCUCUAAUCAAAUCGUGCGAUUAGAAAAACAAAUUUUUUAUUUUUUAUUGAUGCCGUCCGAUUACUCAUGGACUGGAGAUAAAAAUUAGUGAAGUGAAAUUUUAAAUUAAUUAGUGAAAUAAUUUAUCUGUGUGUGGACGAGGUGAUUUUUUUAUUUAUUUACCUGCUGGUGAUUUUUUUUUUUUUUUGGGUCAGUGGGGUUAAGAGAUGGGACUGUCAGGAAAUGUCCGAGGGAUUUUCACUGAGGUGAAAUUUUUUUUGGAGUGAAGAGGGAGGGGAAGGAGGUGAAGAAGAGGCUGGAGCAUGUGGGUGCUGAAUAAAAAUAAGAGCUGGUAAAUAAAUGCGGUGCGAGGACACCUAGUGAUUGUUUUCAUUUUUUUGUAUGGACAAUCGGGUUUUGGGUUUUUGACCGUUCUUAAAUACCCGGGGCAUCAUGAGGAUCAAAAUGCCUGCUGUGAGAAUCGCUCAAGCGGAACCAUCACAAGGGACAAUACCACCGGAUACGGUCCACUGUGGUGGUUGUCGGAUAUCAUACCCCCUGAGUGAAAUAGUCCGUUUCAUAGAGCACAAAGUAAAUCAUUGUAGAAACAGCCUCCAGGGAUGUCACAGUCCACCGCCGACGACGGCCCACGAGGACUCAGACCCCGAAGACGCUCUGGCACUCAAGACCUCGGACCCAGAGAAGCUCAACUCGGUCCCGAGCAUCUCUGCGCCCAUUAACAAGAGGGUCGGACGAGUUGAGAGCCCACCGACGCCGCAGGUCAGUGCCACUGAUAGCGGCAGCCCCAUUGAGCUCAGAGCUAGUGCGAGCUCGACUCCCAAAAGACGUACCGAGAGCGAUGAGGACAAGGAGGAACUUACCAAGAAGGCUAAGACUGAGUCAGUUGAUGCCGAUACCAAUACUAUUAAUUCCGAGCCAAGAUGCCUGCAGUGUUCGCAGUGUUCGCGUCGUCUUAAUUCCGCCUGGGACUUGAUCCAACACGUGCAAAGUGUCCACGGAGCGCGAUUGUACGGUGUCCCGAACUCUUCAGCAAACUCGUCAUCAAACACACCGGCGCCGAGUCCACCGACGCCCAAUCCUAGUCACUCCCAUCAUCUGAGUCCGCCCAACCACCUGAACCUCAGUGGAAAAUCGACGGGUUCAUCGGCCGCGAACUCUUCCGCGGGUACGACAUCUAGCUCUGGCAGUAGCCGGCAGCAGCUGCAAAGUUCUUCUCUGGUAGCGGAUCCGCUUCACAGUUUCCUGAGGCUGCCCCAGCACCUGGAACGCAGCUUCCCUCCGAUGUUCAGGCCCGAGUUCCUGGCCCUUAACCCCCUAGCGGGAUAUCGCGGGCUCCAGGACCUGCAGACCGCGACGAGAAACCUCCAGAACUUGGGGGACCCGCUUCGCGCGAUGGACGGCCUCAAUUUAGGGGAUUCGUUGGUCAGGAGUUCUCUCGAUACUCUUAAUAAUGCACGUAAUUUAGCAAACCUGACGGAACUCUCGCAUGCACGGGGUCUCAGUACUCAGGGUCACCCACCACAACUUGAAGCGAAUCUGGAUUUUUAUUCGGCGCGCCUAAGGAGCCUCGCUAAUCCGCCCUUAGGCGCGGCUCCAACGAAUCCACCGACAAAUCCCUCGAUCGUUUCGAAUGUCGCCCAAUCACAACCCCAGCAGCCCCAGAGUCAAAACCAUCAGACACAGUCUCAGAAUCACAGUACUGCUGACUUAUCAACGAGCCCAGUGGGUUCUAAUCCCGCUAAUUUAACAGUUCAUGCGUUGACGCAAAAGGAAAACUCACCGCCUUGUUACAAUCAGAGCCCCGUGGGUCAUAACAACAAUAACUCAACGGACAGUGACAAAGCAAGUCCCCCAGUUGCGUCCACUCCCAUAAUAACCGACUCCGCGGAAACCGUUUACACAUGCGAGGUCUGCGAUAAGAAGUUCCGGUUCCAGUCCAACCUGAUUGUCCAUCGACGCUGCCAUCAGGAAAAGGAAAGACAGUUCCAGGAGAAUAACCAAGAUGGCGGUGCCAUCGCACGUUGCGAGGUCUGUGACGUCGAGCUAGCGAACUACUCAGACCUACGCAAGCACAUGCGCAAAGAACACUCGGACUCAAUGAACCCGGCGAGUCCCCAAGGAAGCGUCGAAACCGUUCCCGAUGAUGGCUCCAGCUGCGACGAGAACAUGGACCUAGAUGACGGGGACGAGGGGGAUCAAAAAACCCGGACCGACGCAGAGGAAAACACUCCCGAAGAUCUCAGCACGACCCAGGGUCAAAGCAGCGAAGAAAGCGUCUCUGGGAGGGUCGACCAGAAGCCUAGUCUGGUUGGAGAUCUCAUGGAAAAAUUUGGACUCAAUAAUAUCGCCCAGUAUUCCGAAGCCUAUCGGCAAGCGCUUCAAGAAAACCAUCGCGGAGGGUUUCUGAAAACAGAGUCACCCUCAAAUUUGGCGAAUACCCUCAACAAUAACAAGGAAAAGGACAGCGCGUUGUCCCCCACAAAUUUCAACACUUCCACAACGGCCAACAUUUUUUCCGGCACAUUCCCUCGAACUGGGCCCGACUUCGGUGGCCUCUGGUUACCCAGUGCCCAUUACCUAGAGAACAGCGAGUUCCGUAAAGUGACCAAGGCCACGACUUCCAGCCUCGCCUUGCAAGGACUCCCUAGCCCUCUCCUAAAAAAGGAACGACACGGACGCAACGACACUUGCGAGUACUGCGGCAAGGUCUUCAAAAACUGCUCAAACCUCACCGUGCACAGACGCUCCCACACUGGAGAGAAACCCUACAAAUGCGAACUUUGCUCGUACGCCUGCGCCCAGAGUUCGAAACUCACACGACACAUGAAAACUCACGGCAGACAUGGCAAGGACACUUACAAAUGCAGGUUUUGCGAGAUGCCCUUCUCCGUGCCUAGCACUUUGGAGAAACACAUGCGCAAGUGCGUGGUCGUGGUACAGCAAGGCCCCAAAUUGGGGCUUCCCUACCCCGGGAGCCAGGACGAGGACUCGUCGCUCAGCACUAAGGACACUUGAUCCUGGAGCGGCAGUCUUCCGCCGCCAAUUCCGCCGCUCUGGCCGCAUCAGCCGCCCUACACGGUUUAUUAAUUUAAUGCCUGGCUGAAAGACUCCCUACCGAUUUUGUGAGGAAAAGUAAAGGACGAAGGAAAAGGAGCAAGGCCUCAAAAAAUUUAUGACUUUAAAGACAGGGUGACACCUGAUAGCAAAGGACGAUGUCCAGUUACAGUCAUUUCAACUGAUUUUACUUUAUUUUAAGGAUUUUCUAGUAGGAUUCGGAGGCGAAGCCAGGAGAAGGGAGGGAAGACAGGAGGCACUGAAAAAAAAAAAAAAAAAUCAUUACUGCAACGAUACUAAGAAAUAAAUGGUUACCACUGGAGCAAAUCCAGCAUGAAAAAAAUCUAAUAUAAAUAAUUAUAAAUAAAAAGUUUUGUGAAUAUUAAAAAUAAGUUUUAUGGUUAAGAGUAAAUAUAUGAAAAUAUAAAUAUAUAAAUACGGAGGUAUAAAUAUAAAUAUACGAAAAAUAACACGGAAUAGCAAAACUUUAUUAUCGCAUUGAAGAUUAUUUAUUUAACAAUAAUAAUUAUAAUAUAUGGAUAUAAAUAUAAAUAUGAAUAUAUAUAUAUAUAUGGAUAUAAAUAAAUGUAUAUUGUAGAUGCGAGUGUGGAAGCGUCUUAAUUAUUAUUAUUUUAUUUUGUAAAUUGUAUGGAAAAAAAUUAAUAUCUGUCGGUUUAGAAACUGGGACCGAUUUAUUUUUAAUUAUGGUUAUGUUACAUACAUUUUGUAUGGGGUUAUAUAUUAACGUUUUAUUUUUUAUUUAAUCGAUAUUAUUAUUAUUUAAUUUUAGGAUAAGCAUUUGAGGUUUUUUGUUUUGAAUGUUAGGAAGAUGCCAAAG